AUGAUGCUCAAGUUCAUGAUAGACCUUUUGGUUCUGAUUGGCACGACAGAUGGCCAUAUGCCGCACCAUGCGCAACAUGGAAGACAUAGCAGGAGCGCAGGACGACAUCCUCACCCAGAACUCGAAGCAUCUUCCAGCUGGGUCUCUUCUCCGGCCUCGUUACCCCUCCGCAAACGAGAUAGCGAUCCUAGCAACAUGGAAUGGAUCAAACGCUGGGCAGCCAUCGGCGACAGCUAUACAGCCGGCAUUGGUGCCGGAAGACCCCUUGGCCACAUGAUCACCGCGGACGAGGUCGCUAUAAGAGUACCUAGUGGCUUAGAUGAGGUUCGCGACAACUGGAAAUGUUCUAGAUAUGAUAUGGCCUAUCCUAAGGUUAUAGAGGCGCAGUUCGGCGCCCAUGUUGAGAAGGACGGCGGCUUCCAGUACCUCGCGUGUAGCGGCGAUCGUUCUGAACAGAUCUAUCAGCAAGCUAAGGCCUUGAAGGGCAAGCUGGAUUUUGUCACUUUUACCUCAGGCGGGAACGAUCUUUGUCUAGCCAAGAUUAUUGCAGACUGCAUCAUGCUCCCCUACGGAAAGACAUCCGCCUGCGAAACGGUCAUCGCAAAGGCCCAGGAGAAUGCGAAGUCAAUGAUCAAAGGUAACAUCAAGGAGAUUUUGGAAGCGCUCGAUGAGAAGAUGAACAAAGACGGCAUUGUCGUUGUUAACGGCUACGCGCAAUUCUUCGAUUCGACCACGGACAAUUGCGAUCACCAAUCAUGGGACAUCUUUUGGUUCCUCCCAUUAGGCAUCACUUACCGUGCUCUCACUAUCUCACGCCGCAACACCUUUAAUCAGCUGGUCCUUGACAUCAAUCAGUCCAUCGGCGACGCUGUCAACGAAGCUGCUAAAAGUGACAAGAUUAAUUAUAAAGUAGGCUAUGCCGGAUGGGAUGAUUGGGUCUCUACUGUUGUCGACGCCAGGAUGUGCUCGCCCAGCAGCAACGGCGACUACCCGGAUCCCAAACAGCCAGACAUGCACUUCAUCAAGCCUGACACGCACCCCUGGGGUAGUUGGGAAGAUGAAUUCGAACGGCAGGAGCUGCGCAAGCGCGACAUGGACCUCGAAGAAUUGCUGAAUUCAACUAGACUCUCUAACUCGGAAAAACGCCGGGUCAAUCGCGUCAAGGCCAUUAUGGAGGCCCGUGAUAGAAGAAUAGAGCGCACACUCUACGACUCUGUGCUAUACAAGUCACCCGACCCCCGCGCUGCUGUCAGACACAAGCUUGACUCCCGAGCACCCUCACCGCCGGGCUGCCCUGGGGAUGGCGGCGCUGACAUGACCUUGGGCAUGGGUAUGCCAGACCACGUUGGCCAAAAUUUCCAUCCAAACGUGGCCGGUCACACAACUAUAGCCUCUUUCGCCCUCGCUGAACUCAUGGAUCUGCGCUCCAUCGUUCUUGGUGUUGACUCGCCCGCAUGCACUGUCACGGAUGAGUUUACGUGUUUCUCAAAAACUGGUAGCAAGUUCUAUGUCAGUGGCAAUCGUACGAAUGAGAACUAUGAAGAAUUUUGUAAGGAGGUAGAAGAGAAGCACUCCAAGGACUCGAUUAAUUGGAGUUACUCCAAGAGCUACGACCUUGGCACGCCAGAAGAACAUGACUACGUCGUCAGUCUAGGGAAUGGUGUCUCGGCAUUCGAUAAAGACCAGUGCAUUGAGUCUAUGAAGAAGCUCAUCAAUUCAUGCGAUACUUCCGACAACCCCAUGAACUGGAAGGGCGGUGGACGUUAUAUUCGUGGAAGCGGAGACUACAAGUACGAGCUCAACCCCCGCCGCAGCAAUCGCCCUUGGCCAUGGCCUAAAAAUCCUUACGGCAGAUGCGAGGGCUGGUACAAGGGGACCCAUGGACGCUAUAAGGUUGAGGGUGCUGGCUUCGCCACCUGGGAUCAUGGCGGAAAGACUCUUCGGUCUAACAUGGACAGUUGCUAUGGACUCGGUACGACGUUUUGGAAAUUCGAGUACUUUGACAACCCGGCUGAUCAUGAUGGGCACGAAUGGUACGCUACCUUCAGUACGCCAAUCUGGGUUCGCGCGCGCUGUUGGAACAACAACAAGGUUGUCAAAGCCGCAGGAGGAUGGACGAAUGGGUGUAAGGGCAAUGAUUAG